AGGUUCCUCUUUGCCCGUACAUUGGCCGCCAUCUCUCGUUGUUCUCCGCGAUUACUGGCCAGGAGUUUAGGCCAGUCGGCAAUCAGACUCUGGUAAGAGUGCUCGGCGAGAACGGCGAGGCGGAAGCGUGAGCGGCAAUCCUCAGUUCUCAGUUUCCGUGCGCGACGUAUCGUCAACGUAUCGCCGUGGAAGGAGAGAGAAGAAAAGAGAAACGGACAUCAUCCAAGCGUAGGAGCGACUCGUUUGACAACAGGCACAACAGGUUCAUCAUCCAAGCACUACGAUGGUAGAUUACAGCAAAUGGAAGAGUAUCGAAAUUUCGGACGAUGAGGAUGAUACGCAUCCAAACAUUGAUACACCAUCCUUGUUCAGAUGGCGUCAUCAAGCAAGGGUGGAAAGGAUGGAAGAACGCAAGAAAGAGCAAGAGGAACAUAUGAGGAAAAAAACAGAAACAUUGCAAAAACUGAAAGCUACAAAGGAGAAAUUAGCCAAAUUAGAAACACAAAAUACAGAUUCGGCUGACUUAACUGCAUUGAAAAAAGUUCUUCAGGACCUUGAAGAGGAAGAAAAAAAGAUCCAAGAGAAGGAAAAAGAAAUGGAAAAGAAGGAGAAAUUGACACCAUGGAAUAUAGAUACUAUUGGACAAGAUGGCUUUACAAAAACUGUUAUAAAUUCGAAGCUUCCAAGGAGAAAUGAUGAUUCAAGUUUAUCUGACGAGGAAAAGGAGAAACGAAUGAAACAAUUUGUUAAGGAUCAUGAGAAGGAACUGAAAGAGUUUGGCAUGCUAAGAAAAUACGAUGACAGCAAAAAAUUCUUACAAGACCAUACGUAUCUAGUUUGCGAAAAUACUGCAAACUAUUUGGUCAUCUGGUGCAUCAACUUAGAAAUGGAAGAAAAACAUAAUUUGAUGGAACACGUUGCACAUCAAUGUAUAUGUAUGCAAUACAUCUUGGAACUGUCUAAGCAAUUGGACGUCGACCCGCGGGCGUGUGUCGGCUCUUUUUUCAGUCGCAUUCAGAUCGCUGAAGUGGAAUACAAGAACUCUUUCGAUGACGAACUUAAAGCAUUUAAAGACAGAAUACGUAAAAGAGCAGCGGAGAAAAUAGCUGAGGCGGUAAAAGAGGCCGAAGAGGAAGAAAAACAGGCACGUUUGGGUCCUGGUGGACUUGAUCCAGUUGAAGUAUUCGAAAGUCUUCCAGAGGCUUUACAAAAAUGUUUUGAGGUGCAAGAUAUUCCGUUGUUGCAACAAACAAUAGCCGCGAUGCCAGAGCAAGAGGCAGCAUAUCAUAUGAAACGUUGCGUCGACAGCGGUUUGUGGGUUCCCGAUGCGAAAAACAAGGAGAAAGAGAGCGAAAAGAAGACAGCAGAGGAAGGACAAACCGUAGUGGGACAGACGCCAGAUCCGGAAUAAUGCAUUUAAGUUACAUUCUAUUAUCGAUUAUCGUAUUACUCUAUGAAAAUCAGUAUAUCAUUUACAUCAGCAUCUCAUUUAUUCUUUGCAUAAUCCGAAACGGGUACAAUAAAGCUGUCAUCUAUGCAAACUUUGGCAAUGUACGAUUAUUACAUCGGCUUUUUCUUUCGUCAUAAUAUUCAUCAUCGCGUUGGCACGCAGUUAACAUGAGCUGAAUUAGUUCGUAAGACUAAGUUGUCGUUUCAUAAAUAGAAAACUUGGCAUACGCAUAAAAUAUGUAACUAUUACCAAGUGGCAUGAGUACUAGUGUCGAAGUGUUAUAUGACCUUCAUUUUUGUGUAUGAUUUGUGUUACUAUUGAGAUUGUCUUUCUAUGUAAUGUACAUAUAUAUAUUGUUAACCACAAUCUAUAA